AUGAGAGGGAAACAAUACCAUCAACAACUGAAGUUGACAGCGCCUUGGGAGAAGGAUGCUGGCUACGGGAGAAAGCUCAAAACGUACAGGAACCAUACUAAGAUAAUAGCCCAGCCCGGCAUUGUGAUGAAGGUGCUACGCAGAAAGCGGAUUGUGUUGUUUAUAGCCUAUAUCUUACUGCUGGUGCUGACCAUGCUGAACUUGGCCAACUAUAAAUGGACUAAAGAGCCCCAGCAGUGCAAUCACCAGAUGAGGAGCACUACCUAUCAUGGCAGAUCAGAUAUCCGGUUCCUCUACAGACCCUCUCUGGCCAAGAAGAGACAGUUGGUCUAUGUUCUGACCACAUGGAGGUCUGGGUCCUCCUUUUUCGGGGAGCUGUUUAACCAAAAUCCUGAAGUGUUCUUCCUGUAUGAACCCAUGUGGCACAUCUGGCAGAAGCUGUACCCGGGAGACGCGGUGUCUUUACAGGGGGCAGCCAGGGACAUGCUCAGCUCCUUAUACCGCUGUGAUCUCUCUGUGUUCCAGCUGUACAACAGCCCAGGGGGAAAGAACUUUACUUCCCUAGGACUCUUUGGGGCCACCCUGAAUAAGGUGGUGUGCUCCUACCCCCUCUGCUCCGCCUACAGGAAAGAGGUGGUGGGUAUGGUGGAUGACAAGGUGUGUAAAAAGUGCCCCCCUCAAAGCCUUAGACUACUAGAGGAGGAGUGCCUCAAAUACAGCACUAUCGUUAUUAAAGGGGUGCGUAUCCUGGAUGUUAAUGUACUAGCCCCCCUCAUGGAGGACCCGUCCCUGGACGUGAAGGUAGUCCACCUGGUCAGGGACCCCCGGGCCGUGGCCAACUCCAGGAUCAAGUCCCGACAUGGGCUGAUCCGGGAGAACCUGCAGGUGGUCCGGAGCAGGGACCCCAAGCUCCGCAGGAUCCCCUUCGUAGACCCCAAUCACAAAGCCAACAAGAAGGACGGCUCGGACUACCACUCCAUUGGAGCCAUGGAGGUGAUCUGUGACCGCACCUCCCGGACCCUGAGGACUGCCUUAAACCCUCCCAGUUGGCUCAAAGGGAAGUACAUGGCUGUACGCUAUGAGGACCUGGUGGAGAACCCUGUGAAGAUCCUGAGGAACAUCUACCGCUUCGCCAACCUCACCACCAACCAUGACAUUGAAUUGUUUGCUCUGAACAUGACAGGCGGGUCUAGCUCGUCCUCCAAGCCGUUCAUAGUGUCCUCCAGGAACGCCACUCAGGCUGCCAGCGCAUGGAGAACAGUGCUCAGCAUCCAGCAGAUCAAACAGGUGGAGGACUACUGUCAUCACUCCAUGGCUGUCCUGGGCUAUGACAGAGUCAGGACGGCCGGGGAGGCCAAGGACCUUAGUAAGUCUUUACUGACGGUCUCCAAACUGUGA